AAACAUCCUGUACGUCAUUGCGAUUACCGUUCGACUGUAUCAAUAAUUAAGAACUGAAAAGGAACAAGGAACACGACCACUUCGCUUCCCUCCUCUAAAAUGUCCAAUGACGUCAGACCCAUUCCCACAAUGCCUGGUAACACGCAUGCGCACAAUAAAAAUAAAAAGACAGCAAUUGGAGAUCAGAGAUGGCGGGUGCCUCCGACCCCCUGGAAGAUAUGCUCUCUUCCGAGGUGGAUGAGAAGGCUGUGAGCGACUUGGUGGGCUCGCUGGAGUCUCAGCUGGCUGGCCAGAGCAAUUCGGCGGGGAAAACCGAGGAGAGCCGAGGUGCUGGCUCCGUUGCCCCCGCUAACCAUCACUUGGAGAAAACGCUACCAGCUCCGGUGGGCUCCCCAACACUAGAUCAUCAACAACAACAAGGGCGCCGUAAUAAACCCGACAUGCGCCAGGAAUUAAACUGCACGGACGUUGGCGCGGAUAAAACUGUCAAGUCUCUUUCCCUGGGCUGCACCCCAACCCCCGGUGAGCCCUCCGACGGCGUCGCUGCUGCCAGCAAUAGCGGCUCUCAAUCACAUGGAGCAUCCAUCACAACACUGCCCGUGUCCGGCGUGUCAACUUCUCCGCCGGCCAGCAACAUCAGCACCGCGGCCACCUCUGGCCGCCCAUUGAAUGCUUCCCCGGACUCAGGUGAGCCAUACUCGGACGCUUCGAAACGACGCCCGGCCACUCCGCGACGAAGCGCCUCGGCUCGGAUUAAGAGUUUGAACGGUGCCGCUGCCGUGACGACCCGAGGGAACAGCAGCGGUAGCAGCCCCGUGGCGGGGGCCGACGACGCCGGCGGCAGCCCCGCGGACCACCAGCCGGCGAGCACCGCAGCCAUCAAUACGUCGACGUUCACCCUCGCCAAAGCCAGCCUGCCUGCGGGUCAGUCGGCCAUUGCCUUGGACCGGGGCACCCCCACCAUCGCCUUGCACAGACUUCCCAGUCACAUCGUGGCCAGCAUCGCCCAGAACGGGACCAGCGUGUCGGCGUUGGCCCAGCAGGGUGCUCAGACGUCCCCUGUCAACUCGCCCCCAUCGUCCUCCACUUCUUCCUCACCACCUGCACAAGAGAACCACACUAAAGUCGCCCCAGAGCCUGCAGGAGCUCCCAGCGAAUGUCAGUCCGAAAUUGUCACCACAAGCUCUGUCAUAAACAUUGUUAGCUCUAAUGCCGUGACAACAACACCCACGACUAACACUACCACCAACACAGUCACUCAACCUUUAACCACCACCGCUACUACGACCACCACCACCACGACUAUAGCGGCCGCCUCAGCGACAACAGGCAGUGUUGGUGGUCAGACCAUAUCGGUGACCACCGCCAUAAGCGCGGUCCGGCCGAUCACAUCCAUCCCCGCUACACCCGCCGUCCCCGCCAUCCCUCCGGCUCCAGCCGCAGCCUCGCCAACCACUCUGACCCCGACCCGGCCAGCUGUGACCACGGCUCAAAGAAUUGUAGCACCGCAGCUGAUCGUCAGACCGCCCCAGCAGCAGACCACCAUCCAGCUGCCCCCUGGGUUCACCAUCCCAUCUGGCAUGGUGCUGGUACGGACCGAGCUGGGCCAGCUGGUGUUGGUUCCUCAGCAGGCUUUAGCGCAAGCUCAAGCUCAAGCUCAGGCUCAGGCGCAGUCUCAGGGUCAGGCCCAGGCCCAGAAUAACAUCUCGCCGCGCCCAGCCACUCCCACCACGGUGGCCUCCUUCAGAGUCACCACUCCGCAGCCGCAUUGUACUGAGAAGUCAAGACAGAUAUGCUAUGCUACCACUGUGCUACAGAAGGGCCCUGUGCCGCCAGUCGUGGCGGUGACAGCUCCGCAGCAGACCCCGGUUGUUCCAGCCCCCCAGGCGCCUCCAGCCCAGGCCCCCCCACAACCCCAGCAGACGACAGGCAUUGGUGCGGCUCCUGGAGCUCCUGUCGUGUCCCAGGUCAGGGUCUACAAGAUCUACUUUUCAAGCGGCCAGCCUGUCGCGAUCUCCCCUACAGGGGGUAGUGUGAGGGGGGCAUUCACACGCGCAUGCCGCUACUGCCGUGGAGAAAGCAAGGCGCAGACGGAAAUGCAGGAGAACGUGAAGAAGUGUAAAAACUUCCUUGCCACGCUCAUCAAGCUGGCGUCGCACAAUUCCCCAUUACCCGAGACAUCCAAGAAUGUCAAAGCUUUGGUACAAGACCUGCUGGAUGCCAAGAUCGAGCCGGAAGAGUUCACCAGCCGGCUGCAGACGGAGCUCAAGUCAUCGCCACAGCCUUACCUGGUGCCCUUUCUUAAGAAGAGCCUCCCGGCCCUGCGGCUGUCUUUGCUGAACAAUCAGCAGUCCCUGACUCAGCCGCCGCAGCAGGGUGUCAAACCAGUGGUGCCCCUCACAAGCGGGCCCAGUGUCCACAUACGCCACCCGAACAGCGUCGGCGCCACCACAGGUGCCAGCGCGCUGCCCACCGGGACGCUGGGCCAUCCAGCUGCUGCGGGUAUGAAGACCAUAGGCUCUGUGGGUGGACAAGUCCGAAUGCCGGUGAUGAUCACGCAGUCCAUUCGUGCUCAAGGUACAAUGGGAAAGGUGGGUGCCUUCCAAGCAGGGAGGACUCCGGUGGGCUUGGCUGUCCAGAUCGCUGGCAAUCAAAAAAACAAGCUAAAUGACCCAGGAGGAGGCUCUUUCAGGGACGAUGAUGACAUCAACGACGUGGCCUCCAUGGCGGGUGUCAACCUGAACGAGGAGAGCGCCCGAAUACUUGCCACCAACUCUGAGCUGGUUGGCACGCAGAUCCGCUCGUGCAAGGAUGAAGCCUUCCUGCAUCCUGGGCUGCUCCACCGACGGAUCCUGGAGACAGCCAAGAAGUUUGGCGUCACGGACGUUCCCAUGGAGGUUGUAACAUUUAUCUCCCACGCUGCACAGUCGCGACUCCGCACUGUCGUUGAAAAGGUUUCGACCAUCGCACAGCACAGACUGGACUCCUGUAAGGACGAUGACUGCUACGAACAGUCGGCAGACGUGCGCUCUCAGCUGCGCUUCUUCGAGCAACUGGAGAGGAUGGAGAAGGCGAGAAAAGAUGAGCAGGAAAGAGAGAUCCUCUUGAAAGCCGCCAAGAGUCGCUCCAGGCAAGAGGACCCAGAGCAAGCUCGACUGAAACAGAAAGCCAAGGAGAUGCAGCAACAGGAACUAGCCCAGAUGAGGCAGCGGGACGCUAACCUCACAGCACUAGCGGCAAUCGGACCACGCAAAAAACGCAAGGUGGACUCGCCGGGGGCCACCCCAUCAGGGACUGAGCUCUCGGGCAGCACGGCGGGCUCCCCGGCCGGCUCGUCGUCCACGACCACCUCUUCGUCUCGCCAGUACGCCCGUCAGCGCAUCACCCGCGUCAACCUCAGGGACUUCAUCUUCUACAUGGAACAGGAGCGAGACACGGCCCGUUCGCUGCUGCUCUACCGCGCCCUCCUCAAAUAGCCUCUCGUUCCUCCUCUUGCCGCGUGCCUUCAGAUCGGGUAUCAGCUCAGCGUCUCCGUACAUUGCCGCAUGCUCGUCGUCAGCCAGCUUCCAUCUACACUUUCAUAAGAAAACAGGAGGGGAAAAUGUCACGAAAAAUGAAUCGGUUGUGUCUUUGCUGUCUUGCUUUUCAUGUUGUGUAGCGAUGUUUGGGGCCCACACUUUGCUUUUAAUGUUUUUUUUUUUUUUUUAGAAAAAUAUUUUAAUAGGCUCUCAAGUCCAAAUAAGACUCGCUCUUUAUUGACUGUAUGUCAAUAAAGAUUUUUUACUACACAUUUCAAUAUAUUCUUCACCGUGUGUAAAUAGGUCCCUUAAAUUUUCAAUUCACACUGCAACAAAAUACAAAAUACAUUAAUGCGUUAAUAUAUUGUACCACCACAUUUCAGAUCAGUUUGCGAACGUGCGGUAGAGCCACACUGACGAAAAAUGAACAGCUUCAUGUUGCAGGAAUAAAAGAUGAAUUUUAUCAUCGGGAACUAGUUACUUACAAACCUGAGUACACCUACUAUACUUCUGAGAUUUUUGCGGAUAUCUAAUUAUGUUUCUUUAUGUGAAAACACUGCAGAAAAGACACUAAUUUAAUCAGUGUACAGCUUGUAUCACAGAGUACAGUUCCUGUGGUCCUCAAAAUAACUCAGCACACUGUCGUUAAAUUGUAGUCUGCAGGCAACAAAAAUGAGUAAAUCCCAAAAUGUCAAUAAUUUGUCCGUCCAUCGUCAUCGUGCCAUAGAGAUCCUUUUCCGGUCCUCCAUAAUGACAUGAUGGAGCCGGUGGAUGCCAGAGAUAUUCUGCUCCUCCAUCGUCGAUUUGAGGAUGCUCCACAGAUGCUUAACAGGGUUUAAGUCGGAGGAAAUAAAUGCCCAGUCUAUUUACGAAAUACUCAGCUGCUUUUUGUUUCGGAAACUCUAGUAAAGAGAGCAGGUGGAGCUGUUAACCGAUCAGCACCUGGUGACGUGUUGCUCCGAUGGUGGAGGAAGAUGUCAGUCCAACUUGGCCCACCCAAACCUAUCGUGUUGGUCUGCUGGCAAUGUCUGGGAGAGUCCUCUGUCAGAAGAGGUUUCAACUCCCACUUCGACCACGUUCCAAGGGAGUCACGGGCCAUUGAGUCCAAGUGGACCAUCUUCCGCACCUCCAUUGUUGAGGCACCUGUCUGUAGCUGGAGCUGUAGAGUGGUCUAUGCCUGUCGUGGCGACAACUCCCAAACCUGUUGGUAGAUGCUAGCUGAAAGUGAUGCAAUCAAGCUGAAGAAAGAGACUGAUCAAGCCUUUUUGGCCUGCAGGACUAAGAGGCAGCUUCUGGGAAAUUCUGGUCAUUCAUCCGGUGUUUCAGGAGGGGAAACUUGGUGUACCGUCAAUACUGUAUAGUGGGAGUGGGGCUCUGCUGACCUCAACACAGAACAUUGAGUCGGUGGACCAAAUACUUCAAAGACCUAAAUUCCAACUACCAGCCUUCCCACGAAGAAGCAAGAGUCUGGGAACUCCGAUAUGGGCUUUCCAUCUUUGGGGUUUAUGUCACUGAGGUGGUUCAGAAACCUCCCUCUAGAAGUCCCCAGAGGUAGAUGAGAUGCGCCCAGAGGUCUUGAACUCUCUGAUUAUUGUUUGCAAGUCCUGACAGUCCUUUGCAACAUCGCGGAGACAUUGGAGACAGUGGCUCUGGAUUGGUAGUCUGGGAUUCCAGUAUGGUCUUUUUGAGGGAGUGUCCAUCAAGAAGUCAAAUUUCAGAUUUCAAAGGUGCAGUGUGGUUUUUAUGUUGGCCUGAAACAGCGGACCAACUCAAAACCCUUGGCAGAGUCCACGAGGGUGUCUACCUGUGUUUUGUGGACGUUCGAUCGUGUCCCUCGGGGAGUCCUUUGGGGGUUCGCGUCAGGAGUAUGGGGGACCAAUCCCCCUGAUACGGGCUGUUCGGUCCACUUACAACCGUUGCCAGACUGUCAGACUGUCAGACUGUCUGCAUUGCCAAGACUGCCCUUUGUCACAGAUUCUGUUCAUAACUUUUAAAGAGAAAAUUUCUAGGCGUAUAGGGGCUCUGGUUUGGUGUCCUCAGUAUUGCUUCUCUGCAUUGUGCAGUUGAUGUGGUUUUGAUGGCAUCAUGAAGUCGCCAUAUUCAACUCUUGAUGAAGCAGUUUGGAGUAUAUGUGGGCGUGGAUGAAAAUCAGCACCUCCAAAUCCGGCACCAUUGUCCUCAGUUGCAAGAGAGUGGAGUGCCGUCUCCAGGUCCUCUCAGUUUAUCUUCGUCUCAUCUGAUUGACCACAGGACAUGCUUUUAAUAAUCCAUGUUCUGAAAACCCUUAUCUCAAUGGCCUGGAGACUUUUCGGUGACUCGAUGGUGACUCAAAUUGUCGCUGGUUCCAGAGACACCUCCUAGAGACCACAUGGGGUCGUUGUGAAAUUGAAGAGGUUUGAUUUUACUGGAGACUUUUUGGAGACUCCUUAAUUUGCUCACCAAAGAGAAAAAGGUCAACGUAAUUUUAUGUCACAGUACUGGGAUCUUUCGUCACUAAAUGUCAACAUACAGUGCCUUGUGAAAGUAUUCGGCCCACUUGAACUUUUCAACCUUUUGCCACAUUUGAGGCUUCAAACAUAAAGAUAUAAAAUUAACAUUUCUUGUCAAGAAUCAACAACAAGUGGGACACAAUCAUGAAGUGGAACGAAAUUUAUUGCCUAUUUUCUACUUUUUUAACAGAUAAAAACCUGAAAAGUGGGGCGUGGAAUAUUAUUCAGCCCCUUUACUUUCAGUGCAGCAAACUCACUCCAGAGGUUCAGUGAGGAUCUCUGAAUGAUCCAAUGUUGACUGAUGAUGAUAAAUAGAAUCCACCUGUGUGUAAUCAGAGAGUUUCUUUUGGCUUGUCCCUUUCAGGGUCGCCUCAGCGUGUCAUCUCAGAUGAACGCACAUAUGUUAGGCUCAAUUUUUACGCCAGAUGCCCUUACUGACGCAACCCUUCUCAGGGAGUGGAGGCCCCAGUGGGAUACAAACCCACAACCCCUGGUUUACCAAACCAGUGCUCUAACCAUUGAGCUACGGGGGCCUCAUUCCCUACACCUGUGUGUGAUCAAGUCUCGCUAAAAAUGUACCUGCUCUGUGUUAGUCUCAGGGUUCUGUUUAAAGUGCAGAGAGCAUCAUGAAAACCAAGGAACACACCAGGUAGGUCCCAGAUACUGUUGUGAAGAAGUUUAAAGGAGGAUUUGGAUACAAAAAGAUUUCCCACCUUUACACAUCUCAACGAGCACUCUGCAAGGAAUCAUAUUGAAAUGGAAGGAGUAUCAGACCACUGCAAAUCUACCAAGACCCGACCGUCCCUUAAACUUCCACCUCGGACAAGGAGAAGACUGAUCAGGAAUGCAGCCAAGAGGCCCAUGAUCACUCUGGAUGAACUGCAGAGAUCUACAGUUGAGCUGGGAGAGUCUGUCCAUCGGACAACAGUCAGUCGUACGCUGCACAAAUCUGGCCUAUAAUUAUGGAAGAAUGGCAAGAAGAAAGCCAUUUGUCAAAAAUAUCCAUAAAAAGUCUUGUUUAAAGUUUGCCACAAGCCACCUGGGAGACACACCAAACACGUGGAAGAAGGUGUUCUGGUCAGAUGAAAGCAAAAUCAAACUUUUUGGCCACAAUCCAAAACGAUAUGUUUGGCAUAAAAGCAACACAACUCAUCACCCUGAACCAACCAUCCCCAGUGUCAAACAUGGUGGUGGCAGCCUCCUUUUCUUCAGCAGGGACAGGGAGGAUGGAUGGAGCCAAAUAUAGGACCGUUCUGGAAGAAAACCUGUUGGAGUCUCCAAAAGACCUGAGACUGGGAUGAAGAUUUAUCUUCCAACAGGACAAUGAUCCAAAACAUAAAGCCAAACCUACAACGGAAUGGUUGACAAAUAAACAUCCAGGUGUUAGAAUGGCCUCGUCAAAGUCCAGACCUGAAUCCAAUCGAGAAUCUGUGGGCAAAGCUGAAGACUGCUGUUCACAAACGCUCUCCAUCCAACCUCACUGAGCUCGAGCUGUUUUGCAAGGAAGAAUGGGCAAAAAUUUCAGUCUCUCGAUGUGCAAAACUGACAUACCCCAAGCGACUUGCAGCUGAAAUUGCAGCAAAAGUUGGCUCUGCAAAGUAUUACUGCAAAGGGGCUGAAUAAUAUUGCACGCCCCACUUUUCAUGUUUUUAUUUGUUACAAACGUAAAAAAUAUCCAAUAAAUUUCGUUCCACUUGUCGUUCAUCCUUGACAAAAAAAUAAAAUUUUAUAUCUUUAUGUUUGAAGCCUGAAAUGUGGCGAAAGGUUGAAAAGUUCAAGGGGGCUGAAUACUUUCACAAGACACUGUAUAUUGACAUAUCUACUUAUGCUCACUUCACUCUCUAAAAAUAUCAGAAGGAUAGCUCCAAUAUUUAAGACUUUUUUGGACAUUAAGUGUUUGGAGGACUGUCCGAAAAUGAAACUUCAGUAGUUGUGGUUCCUGCAUCUCCGAGUUUGACAGCAAAAAAGAAAACAAUACUUGUGGUAACGUCAAUAUUUCUUUCUUUUGCUGUCAAAGUCUCAAAUAGGCUAAAGGUCAGCAAACUGCAUCUGCCUACAUGGCACACAGUUUCGAAAGUCAAUGGGUGUGUUGAGUUGCCCCAUUUAAAAAAAAAAAAAAAAAGUCCACCAAACAUUUUAGGGGAAUACUCACUUUUGUGACAUUCAGGAUGUCAUGUCACAAAGAUAAAGUUCAAUUGCAUUUUUUUUUCACAGAAGUAGAGGAAAUAAAACCUGUUUGAAACAAAACAUUUUUACAAUACGUUUUUCCUUGUCACAUGACUUUUUUUCGAAAAUAGGAAGCUUUUUAUUCCCCUGAUAGUCAUAUGCUUUAUUUUUAUAGUUUUUAAAUUGAAAACAAAAAAUAACGAUGAUUGAUAUCAUAUAUAUUUUCCUUUCAUGACAUUACUUUUCUGUUAUAACAAUUUACGAAAAUAGGACAAGACUUUCUUUUCAUAACAUUACAAAUGUAUUUUAUUUUUAUUUUUUUCCAAUUCAUUUCAGUGGCCUCAAUACAUCUUCCAUAGACUUUUAUGGUGUUCACCUGUUGGUGGUGUUUGUUCCGAGACGGACUAGUUGCCGUAGUAACGAUCUGAGCCCACACACUUUUUUUUUUUUUCCUGACUGCAGACGUGGUGUGUCGCAAAUGUUUGGAGAAGGACGAAAUCUUUUUUUUUGGACGGCGUUGGGCGUUCAAGCUUGUUGUUACUCGUCAUGUUACGUUGUUAACGAUUUUAUAAAUGUAUAAUCGCUAAAUCAUUCAUCUUUAUUGUACCUUUUGUUGGGGUUUCUUUUAACGACUGAUAAUUUAAGUAUAAUAUCUUGGCCUAUGCAGCUUUUCUCAUUAGAUUAAUAGAAAUAUUUCAAACUUGUUUGCGCUUUGUUGUGAGUUUUGACAGCACUUUUAUUGUAUUAAUUUUUUUUAUAAAGUCCCUGUCUUAACUGGCAACUUGAAGCUGUUUAAUAUUGGUAAGAAAUGUAAACUUUUAAACAGUAUUGACACUUUCCCUCUUAAGUCACCCGUAUUUUCAUUUUCACCGUUUUUUCUUAAUUAAUUGGCUUUUAUGCACAUUUUCCUAUAUUUUCUGUUCUUUAACAAGCACAACAGCAUCAAUUUUAUCAAGAUUUUUUUGUUUGUUUUAAUAGCAACCUUGUUUGCUAUUGGCGUUUUUACUGCUUGCAGCUUUAUAGCCAAAAUCUUCAGACAACAUUUAAAGAAAAGCAAAUAUGAAAAAUUCAAACUUUCACCCAAUGUAAAUACUGUUUACAAGACCUAUGUGCUUAUUAGAACCACACGUUAUUUUUGGUAAACUCUUGUACAUAUCUUGGAAUUUUCCUGUUUUGUGUGAAAUGGAAAAAAAAAGACAAACAAUACUGAUGUAU